CUUGCAAAGUUGUGUCGCGGUCAGUUGUGCGUGCUCAAAAAGGUGGCAAAUGAUAACAAUGGAUCUUCAGUCGUACUCUUUGUUGUUCUUACAAUUAGGUGAACUGAUUGAAUACAUUAACCUUUCAGUCGUCUUAACAUUGUUUGUUGUUAUUCUUACAACUAUAUUGUUUUACUGGAUGUUCUAUGUACCCUUUAAUUGGACAAAGCAUAUGAAUGACGUCAGUUACUCAGAAGUAUUAAAGUCAGAAAACCUUUCAAGUGGAGCACACAAGCGCGACGCAAUAAACCGAUUAAGAAAGGCGAGAAAAAUUGGUUCCAAAGAAUUACCACCACCAUUUCCGAAUGGAUGGUACGGAAUUUUGGAAUCAUCGAACCUUAAGCCUGGUGGGGUAAAGUAUGUAUCCUGUUUGGGAGAACAUUUUGUGGUUUAUCGCACAGAAACCAAUGAAGUUUUUAUAUUGGACGCUUACUGUCCUCAUUUGGGAGCAAAUUUGGGAAUCGGCGGACGUGUUGUUGGCGACAGCAUAGAAUGCCCAUUUCAUCAAUGGCGCUUUGGAGGCACUGAUGGCAAAUGCAAACAUAUACCCUACAGCACUUCGGUUCCACAAGGCUCGAAAGUCAGAAAAUGGACUUCUCAAGAGUUCAAUGACUUUAUAUUUGUAUGGUAUCAUGCCGAUACUACGGAAAAGCCAUGGGAUCUUGUCGCAUCUGUUAAUAAAAUGAACAACGAUUUCGUUUUUCACGGCCGCAAUGAGUUUUAUGUAAAUUGCCAUAUACAAGAGAUACCAGAAAAUGGUGCCGAUCUUGCACACUUUGGAGCUAUUCAUAACGAAAGCAUUUUUGCCGGAAGUCUUACACCGAAAACAAGCAUGUUAAGUAGAUUCGGAUAUCACCUGUGGGCAGCAAGUUGGAGCUCGUCGAAGGGGCCCGAUAAACAUAUUGCUGAAGUUACUUUAAGUCACAAAUUGGAAAUAUUUAAGAAUCUUUACUGUUUUCAAAUGGAUGUUUCCGGCAAACAGAUUGGUCCCUCUUAUGUUAAUCUGGCUCUGUACUCGCCGACUUUGGGGCAUUUCCGAAUUCUGCAAACAAUUACUCCAGUCGAGCCGUUAAUGCAAAAGGUGGUGCAUCGAUUUUACGGGCCCCGUUGGAUGGGUCCGCUCAUGAAAAUCUUUAUUUUUGGAGAAAGUGUUAUGUUUGAGCGUGAUAUGAACAUGUGGAAUCAUAAAGUUUAUCGUAAAAAUCCUUUACUGGUUAAGGAGGAUAUGAGUCUAAAACAAUUUCGUUUAUGGUUUGCACAGUUUUAUGAAAAUAGCAAAUCAUAUCCUGAAGUAACCAAUGUAGGAUGGUAAAAGCUUUAGUUGCUAAGUUAUUGUUUUCUAUGCGGGGAAUCUUCGCACCUUAUAUUUGCCACAAAUAAAUCAAUUUUUAUACUCA